UGUAAAUCUAGUUUUGACUGUUCUUGAUUUUACUAUAGUUUUAAUUUUUUAAUGUUGUACUCUAAAUGCGAUGACUUGUGUCACAUACCAAUACUAGCCGUUCAGUUAUUUAACUUUUUCUUAUUAAUAUUUCGUAAUACUCUGUCGAUACUUAAUUGUAUGUACUUAACUUGAUUAAUUCGAUUUUAAGCUAUGAGAAAACCUUGUAAUGCCAAUUCCAUUUAUUGAUAUCGGUCGAAAUACGAAAUCGGAUCAAAUUCGGAAAUAACUUCAAGAAUUCCAAGAAAAUUUCCAUUACUCGGAGAACCCAACCGUCCCAUAGAUAUGUUCGACAACAUAUUCGGUGGAAUUGGCAAAGGUUGUGCCAGCCACCCUUGGGAAGUCAUCGUGGGUGUAUUAACUAUUACAGCAUGUAUGUUAUCGACGGACAAGACAGCUGAUCCAUCAAUGUCGGGUGUACCACAUAGUGCAAAGAUCAUUGAUGAAGAAACACAUGCUCUGGAUGUAAUCAUUAUGACUUUAAUAAGAUGCACAGCUGUGUUAUAUUGUUAUUAUCAGUUCAAUAAUCUUAGACAGUUGGAUUCAAAAUACGUUUUAGGUAUUGCUGCCUUAUUUACAGUAAUUUCCAGUUUUGUUUUUAGUACCAUAGUAAUACAUUACUUACACGGAGACUUAAAAGAUGCAAUGUUUUUGUUCCUAUUAGUUUUACUUGUUAACUUAAAAAAGGCUAGUCUUAUGGCGCAAUUUGCACUUAGUGGCUGUUCACAAACUGAAGUGAUUAAUAAUAUAUCCAAAGGCUUGUCGUUGCUUGGUCCAUCAAUUUCUUUGGACUCCAUUGUAUUUGGUCUUGUUACCAGUGUUGGUAUGCUAUCUGGUGUUGAACGUUUAGAAACAUUAUGCAUGUUCACAUGUAUGUCGUUCAUUGUGAACUAUGUGGUAAUCAUGAGUUUCUACCCAGCUUGUUUAUCUCUCGUAUUGGAUUUACUGAGAGGAGGAGAUGAAAAUUGUAUGCCAAUUUGGGGUGACCGAUCUCAAAUAACUGCUAUUUGUAAUGAUCAUAAAACUGAUCCAAUCACACAACGUGUUAAGGUGAUAAUGUCAGUUGGUGUAAUGAUUGUUCACGCUCAGAGUCGAUGGGCAUUAAGUGGUAUGGAAACAGAAGCCGACAAUAUGUUAGGAAUACAAGUUACAAAGUUUGCUGUAUUUAAUGAAACAGAAGAGAAUACUCAUCGUUCAGUUCAUAACUCUAUUAUACAUUGGAUGGCUGGUGGAGCCGAUCAUAUAGUCAUAUUGAUCAUUUUAACAUCAAUAAUAGUUUGGUUUUGGUUCUUUGGAGACCGCGAUGAACUUGCUAGUCACUUAGCAUUAGCAAGUAAACCAUUACAUUAUACAUCUGGUAAUUCAGUACAUGAAACAUUAAAAAAUAUUCAGCAUAUUAAAAGCCUCACUGAUAAUCAAAGCCCAGCAAAAAUAACUUUAAAUAAAAUGAUUCAAACAGAAGAUGUUGAUAGUAACAUUAUUCCAGAUGAAAACAAUAUGGAAAUCAGAACAUUUGAUGAAUGUUUAGAUAUAUACAAAACUCAGAAAUCAGCAGAAAAAUUAAAUGAUGAAGAAGUAUUAAUGUUAGUUAAAUCAAAUCAUAUAAAACCAUACAUGUUGGAAAAAUGUGUCAAUAACCCGGAGAGAGGUGUUGGACUCAGAAGGAAAGUAAUUGCAAAAGAAAACAAUUUGACAAAAGCCUUAACAGAAUUACCUUAUAUUGGUUAUGAUUAUUCAAAAGUUUUAGGAACAAAUUGUGAAAAUGUUAUCGGUUAUGUAGCUGUGCCUGUCGGAGUUGCUGGGCCAUUGCUUGUAGACGAUGUAUUUUAUCAAGUGCCUAUGGCUACAACUGAAGGUUGUUUAGUAGCAAGUACAAAUAGAGGAUGCAGAGCUUUGACAAUAUGUGGCGGUGUUAUAACUAGAAUUGUGGAUGAUGGUAUGACUAGAGGACCUGUAGUGAGAUUUUCUUCUGUUACUACUGCUAGCGAAGCAAAAUUAUGGAUGGAUAAUCCAGAAAAUUUCAAAAUAAUAAAGUCUGCAUUUGAUUCAACAAGUAGAUUUGCUAGACUUACCAAAUUACUCGUACGCAUAGCUGGUCGACAUUUAUUUAUUCGAUUCACAGCUUCGACUGGUGAUGCUAUGGGCAUGAACAUGUUAUCUAAAGGAACAGAAGAAUCUCUCAGAAUUAUUGGAGGAUAUUUCCCUGAUAUGGAAGUAUUAAGUUUAAGCGGUAAUUUUUGUUCAGAUAAGAAACCAGCUGCAGUAAAUUGGAUUGAAGGUCGAGGAAAAUAUGUUGUAAGUGAAGCCAUUGUACCUUCAAAAAUUGUUACAGAUGUAUUAAAAACUACUGUAGCAGCAUUAGUUGAUGUUAACAUCAGUAAAAAUUUAAUGGGAUCAGCAAUAGCUGGUAGUAUCGGGGGGAAUAAUGCUCAUGCUGCUAACAUUGUCACAGCUGUAUACAUUGCUACAGGACAGGAUCCAGCACAAAAUGUAGCGAGUAGUAAUUGCAUGACGCUAAUGGAAGCAUUUGGAGAUGACCUCUAUGUGUCAUGUACAAUGCCUUCCGUUGAGAUUGGUACAGUAGGCGGUGGAACAUCGCUACCUGGUCAAUCGGCAUGUUUGGAAAUGCUUGGAGUACGAGGAGCACAUUCUCAAACACCGGGUGACAAUGCUAAACGGUUAGCACGUAUUUUGUGUGCAACGGUUUUGGCUGGUGAACUGUCACUGAUGUCUGCCUUAACUGCUGGUCACUUAGUGAAAAGUCAUAUGGCUCACAAUAGAACAUCCACAUUAUCAAAACCGGCCGUUCAGGAUUUAGAAUCAAAACCAUGCCACCAAAACAAACAAUUUACAAGUUGUGUAUCAUGA